AUGGCACAAACUGCGGUGGAUUGGUAUGGCUUCCAUGCUGAUUACGAGUAUAGCACCGAUGGCGUUCCCGUCCCUCGUCUCCGUCGGAGAUCCAAUGUCAACAUUGAUGCCAUUCAUGACUUUCCCGUCGAUAGUGAGAUGGCCCCGGCUCAGCUGUAUUCCACAGAGUCUGGUAGGUUGUUCCACUCGGGAAAGAUCGCAAUCGUGACUGUUGGGUUACCUGCCAGAGGCAAAACGUACGUUUUUCUGUUCGGGAAAAUGGAUGAAUCAAUUGAUUCACGCAGCUCUUCCGCUUUCCCUGCUGCCCAAAGAAACAAACUUUCGGGGAAACUGAUUCCGGUGGUCGGGGAUAUUUAGGCACGUUUCUGUCGCUCUCUCCAGGUAUCUGCGCUGGUAAGUCCGAUAAUUCUCUCUCGGGCUGCUCCUGACUUGCAUCUCCGGUCGCUUGAUAUAUGUACUGUGCUCAAAUGGUCUGCAUACAGGUUGGGCGUGAAGACCCAUGCUUUCCAUCUGGGCGACUAUCGCCGUGCGCACAUGGGCCCAGGGAACGAUGUCCCACAUGACUACUUCUUCGUCAACGGUGAGGCUCCCCUUAAUCUGCAGGAUCCCUGAUCCUCAAUUUGUUGUCCCUUCGCCAAGGUUGGCCGGUCUCCAACUUGGGCUAUGUCAGAUGUCGUCUACUUUUUUUUUUUUUUUUUUUUUUUCCUGCACUAAGCUCGCUGCAUGGGGCAUCCGCUCCAUAUUCCCUUACACUCGUUUAUCAACUGCCGAGGCCGAAAAUAGAUUAAUAGCGCACUGUACUAACUCCUGCGGGCCUAUAGCAUCUCCAUCUUCUGUGAAGUUACGACAAACUAUCCUUCAGAAAUGUAGAUUCGACCUCUACUAUUUCCUGAAUCAUGAAAUGGGCCAAGUCGCCAUUUACGAUGCGGUCAAUCCUACCGCCGAGGGCCGUAAACAGCUUUCAAAGGAAUUUUUGAAGCAUGAUAUUCAGGUACAUGGUUCACAUUCUACCUGGUUAAUUGUGAAAGUUUGCUGAGCUCCCUGUGCUUGCAGACUAUAUUCAUCGAGUCCUAUGUGGACGAUCCAAAGAUUAUCGAGCAGAAUGUCAGGAGUGUCAAGAUUUCUUCGCCCGAUGUAAGCUAUCGGUUGACGUGUAUACGAUAGGAGGCUGGCUGCUGAUAGAUUGUUUAGUAUCAAGGAUGGAAUCCAAAUGAUGCGGUCCAGGAUUAUAUUCGUCGGAUGGGGGCUAAAAUCCCCCACUUUGAAACUAUGGAUGAACACGAGCUCAAUUACAUAAAGGUGGGUGGUCCCUGAUUUAAUAUAGUGUAUAUAAACUGUUAAUAGCGAGUGAUAUUAGAUGAUUAAUGCUGGCGAACGUAUCAUUGUCAAUAACUGUCGUUUCGGGUAUCUACCCAAUCGUAUCGUAUUUUAUUUGAUGAAUCUUCAUAUCAAAUCUCGCCAGACUUACUUUGCUCGUUCUGGUGCUUCCACUGAGGAGGACUCUUAUAAAGCUGAUGGCUUGCUUUGUGAUGAAGGGGAGAGUUACUCCAAACGCUUGUGCAAUGCCCUUUUGGAGCAUCGCAAGAAGGAGAGAGAAGAGUUUAUUAGGCAGGGCGGAAGUGAUGAGGAAUUGAAACCUUUGACUGUAUGGACUAGCACUAGACGUAAGACAGUCCAGACUGCCGCCCACCUUCAGGAGCGUGGCUUUAAGGUUAAGCAGAGACCCCAAAUGAGUCAAUUGAAUCCUGGGAAUUCAGAGAUGACGGAGGAAGAGAUCAAGACGCAUUACCCCACCGAUUGGGAUAAGCAUCAGCUUGACCCUUAUCACCAUAGGUUCCCGAGAGGCGAGGUAUGUGGGAACAUGCUGCAUGUUGAUGCACCGGCUAAUUGCUAAUUGAGAUUAUAGAGCUACCAUGAUCUUGCCGUGAGAAUGGAACCUAUCAUUCUCGAACUCGAGAGGGAGAAGAAUGACCUCUUGAUCAUCGCUCACGAGAGUGUCUUGAGAGUUUUGUACGGGUAUCUGAUGGCCUGCUCGACCUCUGACAUCCCUACUCUGAAGUUUCCCAGAAACGAAAUUGUUGAAGUAGGUGCCCAUACCACUUGCUCAUGUGUAUUAAAACUGACUCUUUAAGAUUCUCCCCGAGAGUUAUAAUAACAGAGCGAAAAGGAUCCCAAUUCCUCAUACCGAUACCAGGGGCGCCUACGUCCCUUGAACCAGUAAUGUCGUAAUGAUUUUUGUUUCCUUUCUUUCUUUUGCUUCACCUGGGAGUCUUUCCUCUCUUUUUUCUGUACUAGUAUGGGUCGCAAGCUAUGAAACCUCCUGUAACGCAAAUGCAGGGAUUUUUUGGAUAGAUUUUUCUACGAUAAAUUGGUGGAAGGGGGGGGGGGGUAGUCUUAUAUCACCGAUUCUGCUGUUGAAUGGUGUUGGGAUUCCUUCUUUUUCCGGUUUUCUGUUGGUUAAUUUGUGCGUAUCUGUUUGGCCGGCGAGAGUUAGAGUGUAGUGUUGGUGUAAUUUAAACUUGGUAUUGUUAGUGUUGACAGAUAGGGUGUGUAGGUGUGGAAGUGGGAGCGACGUACUCGAGUAGUGGGGGAGCGUCUUGGAAUAAGACAAUUUGGCCUUGGAAUGUUAAGUACCGUAUAGCAUCGUAGCCGGAGAAAUGUCGCGUACAUUAGAGUAUGGUAGUAUUUGGCUGUUGUGUACAAAUGGUGUGUUUAUUCUACUAGUGGAGCCAUACGUUUCUAUGUUUGGUAUAAUAUAUCUUGUACGUUCUUCGAGUCUGCUGGAUAUCUCGUUCCUGCUCCCCCUAAAACUCUUUUUUUAUUAUUUUAUUUUUAUUUUAUUUUAAUUUUUUAAGUUGACUCCCACUCGAAUGAUGAUUUGUGUUAAGAG